CAGAAAAGACAAAAAAGCUCACGUUUCCCUAACCGCGCUUCAAAAAAAAGAAAUCUGUGAACAUCUCGAAACUGACAAGACACUGAAGCAAAAAGAUAUUGCCGUUGAGUAUGGAAUAUCAAACUCCAAGCAUGCUCAAAAAGCAACAUUUGAAGAUAUUGAAGAAGCAAUGAAAAUUUGGGUGGAAAAUAUACUAGUACAAAAUGACUUGAACUUGAGUGACAGUUUGCUAAUGGAAAAAGUCUUGGUAUUUGCCAAAGAAUUCGAGGUUUCUGACAAGCUUCUAGCUUCUACAGGUUGGACCAAGAAUUUCAAAAGACGGAAUAAUUUAAAAUCUUACAAAAAACGUGGUGAAUCGGGUAGUGUUGAUAUGAACGAAAUUCCAAGAUUCCGUGAAUAA